AUUGGUAAAUCCGGGCAUUUUGCAACAGACGCACGUGCAGGUAACAGAUCGUUGAUGUCCCCUGAUGUGUGCGGUUGUGUAGCUGGUGCAUUAAGAAGCAAGACGCUACGUUUCAGGACAGACAUGGUUGCGGCGCACGCCCUGUUCACCCUUCUCUGCGCGUCAACCGUCUGGGCUGCCAUCCCCAAAGGCUACAUUUUGAAAGUGAAGCCCGCCUGUGGCAGUGACGGGGUUGUUGAUGCGACAAUAACGGUGACCUCGGACUUAGAGGUGAAGGCAACGGCUAAGUGUGCUGGCGGAUUGGUGGACUUCGGAAACCUUGACUCUGCCAACCUUCAACUUUCUGUGUCAUACCCAGGUCACGGGACAUCAAAAUGCGUCUUUGUGCAACGCCCCGGGGCCAAGGUGUACACGGUCGACGUCGUGGUGGCGUACGGCGAGCCAGGCAGCCUCGUUCAUCAAAGAACUGAAGAGGUCACCUUCACCUGCACGUUUGGCUCCAGAGGCAAAGACAAAAGUCCUUCACAGAAAAUGGCAGACAGUCUGAUUGCUCCUAUAGUUCUGGAGCAGAACGCGGGCACGGAAGCGAAGAAGACAUCGUUUGCACUGUUUUUGACCGAUAUCCUUCGCAGACCAAUAAAAGACCCAGUCGGCCUUGGUCGGGUAGUUCAGCUGAUAGCAAAAAGCAGCGGCGGGAUGGGAGAAAAGGGUUUCCAACCAACGUCUUGCGAUGCAGUCGGGUCCGCGCCUGGUUCACGAUACGCCAUUCUGAGAGGAGGGUGCGGAGACGGAAUUGUUUUUUCGAAGGACGAUGGUUUUUCAACAUUUGGCCUGGUUGCAUCAAGUCCGUUUUUUAAAGCGUUGAGUAUAGCCAGCAGCACAGACGUCAAAUUCGAGUGCAACUUCACUCUGUGUUCGGAGAAGUGCGAUGGGAGUUCCUGUGAAGCAGCCCGAAGACGCAGAGAAACACGGGAAGAUCCUGCGCCUGUUGCGGAGCACCAAGUAAUGAUGGAGACGAGAGUGUUUGAAGUUGACACAAGGCGUUAACGUUCUUUAGCUAAAAAUGUCAGGUCGAUGCUAUCCUAAGCAGUUACAAAGUGAAUUCAAACUGUGGGUGUAGCGAGAAAUAAAAAAAUAUGAAACACA